AUGAACGAAAAUCAAAACUUUAUAAAAAAAGGCACUACUGUCUUUGCUACCAAACCAUUUGCUUAUUGUCUGUCUUCAAAAUACAGAACUAGUGUAUGUGAUUAUUGUUUUAAAAGUGGUAAGCUUUUAAGAUGUUGUGGUUGUCAGUAUGUUUAUUAUUGUAAUCAAACUUGUCAGAAAAGAUCUUGGCGAAUACAUGGUAAAGAAUGUGCAAAUUUAAAAAGAAUUUCACCAAAGAUUGUACCAGAUUUUGUACGCCUCAUGGCACGUAUAAUUAUAAAAUUAAAUCAAGGUGGAAGUGAAGAAAUAGAAUAUUAUGAUAAAACUAAUUUUAGAAGAUUUAAAGACUUAAUGUCUCAUUAUUCUGAUAUAAAAAAUGACAUGAAAAGAGCAGAACAUUUUCUAUGGGUAUGCCAUGUUUUAUAUGAAUUUCUAGAAGAUAUACCUAUGCCAAAUUGUGUAGAGUUAAUGGGUAUUUAUGGCAGAAUUUGUAUUAACUCUUUUAAUAUAUAUAAUUAUGAGUUCACUUCUAUUGGUGUUGGUAUUUAUUUGGGAGCUUCUAUUUUAGAUCAUAGUUGCAAACCUAAUACUGUAGUAGUGUUUGAGGGAACAACUAUUAUUGUUAAAACAAUAGAAGAUCUGCCUUGUUUAGAUUGGUCACAGAUAAGGAUAUCAUACAUUGAUGUACUUCAGACAACAAGAGACAGACGUUCAGAAUUACAAAGUAGAUAUUAUUUUUGGUGUCGUUGUAAAAAAUGUGAAGAAGCAGAACCAAUGGCAGAAGCAGCAGCGUGUCCAAAUAAAUUUUGUACAUAUCCUUGUUCUCCGGAUGCAGUUGUGUGUGAAAGUUGUAAUACAAAAUUUCCAGAGGACUUUAAAAAAAUUUUUGAUGAAAUAUCUGAUUUUACUGCAGAUAAUUUGGAUAGUAUGGUGGAUGUUGCCUAUUUAGAUGUAAGCAAGGUAUGCUUGGCAAAACAGGAAGGUGUUUUACACUCUCUCAACAUACAACAUUUAUUAACUUUACGAUGUGCAUUUGAAUCCUCUAUAAGUCUGAAACAUUGGGAAGAAGCUGAUAUAUAUUCUAAAGAACUUCUUAAUGGCUAUUUAACAUAUUAUGGAAAAAUCCAUCCAGUGACUGGACUACUGAUUCUAACAACAGCAGAUAUUAAAUUAAAUAUGAAUGAGUCAAAAGAAGCUAUAGAAUUGAUAAAAAAAGCUUCUGUGAUACUAAAAAUAACUCAUGGAGAACAACAUAGUAUCAUAAAAGAAUACUUGAACUAUAUCAUCUAGUUUCUACCAUCAAAGACCA